UCCAAUUCCAAGAAGAGGGAGUGAGGAGGUAGAGGAGAAGGAGAAGAAGAAGAGGCCCUGACAUUUGCUUCUGCUGUCAGGGAGUGAGGAGGUAGUGGAUCAUAUAUGCUCCAUUCCAAAUGCUUUUUCUGUCAUGGAUUAAGUUAAAGGUAAUCGAUCAGACAUUUGUGAAGAUCAUAACAGCCCGAAAGUCAUGCAACUUCUACUCAUCAGUUCGACUAGAGUAUUGUUGACACUCUGGAUGGCUGGAUGGUUUGGAGAUCUAUCAAGUCUGCUUCCAUCCAUGACCACUAAAGCAGUAUUUUCUUCACUAUCAUACCAUAGGACGACAAAUUUUUCAAAUUUUACAGGCUGACCCAGCUGGGCAAGAAUUUAUUGAAUCCUAUCAUGCAUAAAAACACCCCAAGUUUCUGAGCAAUCAUCUCAGGCUAAAACUGGAGUUUUGGAGGAAGCAUUCUGCUGCUGGAGAUGUUCCUAAUCUACAUGAUCCUACUGACUUGUUUCCCACUUUCCAUCAAUUAUUGAGCGAAAAGAUGGUAUCCAUUGAACUUUAUGUUUUCAUAUAUUUGGCUGGUUAGGUCGGUUUGCUUUCCCUCCUUCUGGAUGCUUAAUUAGAGUACCUCUAUCAAAGUCUCUUUUUUGUUGCAAGUAUGAUCAUCGAUACAUUUUUUUUUUCUUCAUCCGUCAUCAUAUGUCCUGACUUCAUUUCAAUUGUAUUUAUCUGAAUUGGUGUUUCCCCUCACUUGUUUCUAUUUCAAUUCCAAAGAAAAAGUAUAAUUCCCUUUGUGAAGGCUUAAUUGACCUGCCUCAUGCUCCCUCGAAUUCUGGUUUCCAUUCAUCACCACGGAUGCCUAGUCAGAAUGAGAGUGGAGUGCUUUUCAAGCUUUCAGGCCUCAAAAAUCUUUUGGGGUCAUCACAAGUUAGUGUUGUAACAGGACCAAUAUAGCAUGGAGGCACUUGAGCAAAGCAGCUUUGCCUAUUCAGCAUCUGCUAGUCACUCUUCUUGAGUCAAUGGAUCUGCUGGAGCAUGAGUCCAUGACAAGGGCAGUACGUGGAUUGCACUUCUCCUACUUUGGACCUUCUCCUACAAGGGCAGCGUGUAAGGAAGAACGUUCGUUGUGCACUUAAUUAAUUGCGCAUCAUCUUCUCUGAAAUAGAACAGAGUCUAUUCCAAAUUAAGGACAGUGAGAUAGAAAGGUUUCAUACCAUUUCCCGCAUCCAUGCUGAUAAAGUGGAGGCUUUGCACACCUCUGAUCAUCGCCUACAAUCACUUCGUAUAUAUGGAGGCUAGCUAGCUCCCGAGUCAAUUAAGGAAAUGCUUCUUCAGUAGGAGACUUGUCUAAGGACGUGAUUGAGUCUAAGGAAAGGUUGCAAGCUGCAGCUGAGAAAGCAGAAGCAACCAUGCCAUCAAAGAGAGGGCAAGUAGAAUUUCAGAGUAGACAAAGCAAAAUCGUAUCAGAGAGUGUGAUGGUGAUGGUGACGGUGACGGUGACGGUGCUGGCAGCUUCUUCUUUCCUGAUAUCGCUGGCUAUCAGUGGCCAUCUCAAAGUGAAGACAGAAGAGCAAUGAGCUCCACCAUAGCCAAAUUGCCCUCUCCUUAUCUUAAUUCUGGGAAUCAUAUACGUUGGGUAAUUAGGUUUUCGCUAUAGAGAGAUAGAUUGAUUGAACAAGGACGGACUAGGAUAGCAGGAGUGUAGGCGAUACUGGCAAUGGAGGCAAAACCAAGCAAGGAAAAGCCAUCAAAUCCGGUAGACAAAGUGACGAUGGAUCAUGUGCUUUUGGCACUCGGAGAGACCAAGGAACAGAGGGAGCUCAGAAUUCGUAAUCUGUUCAACUUGUUUGACACUGCAAAUGCUGGGUAUUUGGACUAUGCCCUGAUUGAGGCAGGCCUCUCUGCCCUCAAGAUACCCCCUGAGUACAAGUUUGCCAAGGAUCUGUUAAAUGUUUGUGAUGCAAAUCGAGAUGGUCGUGUGGAUUACCAAGAUUUUAAGCAUUACAUGGACGAUAAAGAGCUCGAACUCUAUGCCAUCUUUCAGGCAAUAGAUGUGAAACACAAUGGUUGCAUCCUACCUGAAGAGCUAUGGGAUGCACUUGUAAGAGCAGGGAUUGAAAUUGAUGAUGAGGAACUUGCUCUCUUUGUUGAGCGUGUUGACAAGGAUAAUAAUGGUGUUAUAACAUUUGAAGAAUGGAGAGAUUUUCUUCUGCUUUACCCUCAGGAGGCAACCAUCGAGAAUAUUUAUCAUUAUUUGGAAAGGGUAUGCCUUGUUGAUAUUGGGGAACAGACUGUUACUCCAGAAGUCAUGAGUAAACAUAUCCAUGCAAGUAGAUAUUUGAUUGCCGGUGCAGUAGCAGGAGCAACAUCGCGUACAGCUACCGCUCCUCUUGAUCGCUUGAAGGUUGUUUUGCAAGUACAGACACAGCAAGCUCGUAUUAUGCCUGCAGUAAGGGAUAUAUGGAGACAAGGGGGCAUGCUGGGCUUUUUUCGUGGCAAUGGUUUAAAUGUCUUCAAGGUGGCUCCUGAAAGUGCCAUCAGGUUCUAUACUUAUGAAAUGCUGAAAAGUUAUAUUCUCCAUGCUAAUGGUGAAGAAGAUAAGGCUAAUAUUGGGAUGACAAUUCGCCUUGUUUCCGGUGGUUUAGCAGGUGCUGUGGCACAAGCUGCUAUUUAUCCCAUGGAUCUUGUUAAAACACGAAUACAAACUUAUGCUGGCGAAGGUGGAAGGACUCCAAGUCUUGGAUCUCUGUCUAAAGAAAUAUGGGUUCAGGAGGGACCCCGGGCAUUUUAUAGAGGCCUUGUUCCAUCUCUACUUGGGAUUAUCCCUUAUGCUGGCAUCGAUCUUGCUGCUUAUGAUACCUUGAAAGACAUGUCCAAGAAAUAUAUUCUGCAUGACAGCGAACCUGGUCCUCUUGUGCAAUUGGGAUGUGGGACGGUAUCAGGUGCUCUGAGUGCUUCAUGUGUUUACCCAUUGCAGGUUGUCAGGACAAGAAUGCAAGCUCAGCGCUUGAACAAAGACUCUGCUUAUGAGGGAAUGGCUGAUGUGUUCAGGAGAACCUUGCAACGUGAAGGGUUUAGGGGAUUAUACAAGGGAAUAUUUCCCAAUCUCCUUAAAGUAGUUCCGUCUGCAAGUAUAACUUAUAUGGUUUAUGAGUCUAUGAAGAAGAGUCUGGACCUAGGAUAGACUUGACACAGUUCGCAAUGUCAUCUUGAUGAAGAUGUUGAUGAGGAAUAAGGUAAGUCCUACUGAUCUAACAAAUUUUUAUUCCCGACAUAAAUCACAGUGCUAGGCAUGGCAUUAGAUUUUUUGAAAGGGCUUUAUUGGCUUGUCCCUAUAUUUGGGUUGUCCCAAAAACCUAUAUUAAGCUUUGUGUUCAAUGGGACACCAUUGUAUUGCAGCUCCCAAAUGUCUGUAACUUGAGCAACCAUUUGGUCAUAUAUGAUGUGAAUACUUUCACCCAUUUUCAUGAUUUUAUCAAUAAUAGGGUGGAGCUCUAUAAGCGGGUACUUUGGGCCA